AUGGCGAGAAGUCGUUCAAGAAGCCCAAGAAGACGACGAAAUCUGGAUAAGUCGCGAGACCGAAGCCGAAGCCGUGAUCGUGAUCGAACCAGCAGGAAGAGCAAGAAAUCGAGGAAGAGGUCGGAAAGUCCCGAUGAAGCUCGUCUAGGAAGCAUUUUGAAGCAAAAGCCAGCUUCUCCCGUCGUUAAACUGUCAUCAUCAAAUGAAGAGAGCAAAGAAGCAAAAGAGGCGAAUUUCGACGUCACAACAAUCAGCGAAAGUGCGAAGUCGUGGCUCGAGGAGAGAGUCGAAGAACAGAUAAUGGCCCGAGUCGCCGAGGUUGAACACAUGCUAAAUGAGCGAUUCAUCAAGCAAAAAGGCGAGCUGGAGAAGAUGUUGCGAAUCCAGAUCGAAAUGGAGAUGAAAGAUGAGAUGGAAAGGAUUCGCAAAGAAGGGGAAGAGCAUCGUGCAAAGUGUGCACAGAUGGAGAAGGAUCUCGCCGAGAAAAUCCAACGAGCCGAGCAGAAAGAGAAAGAAUAUACUGAAGAACGUUUGGCGAUGCUCGCAGAGAGAAGUCAAUUGGAGCGAGAAAGGAAAGGACUCGAGAAACAACAAGCUGACGUACGGAAGGUCGAACAACAGACGAUUCUCAACAAAGGUGGACAGACACGGGCUCCGAUCAAGUUUUCUUUUGGGAAG